GCUGGGAAGCAGAAGUAGAAGAAGGCUCUGUGGCCAUGGCGAAUGCGUCGACGGCGUCGAAGAUCUACAAUUGCAUUAAUGAGAAUCGGGACCGGGAAAUCGUGCCUGGUUGUGGGAUUCCGCGUUUCGCAGGCUGCCGUUUAAUCCCAGUUUAUGAAGUGCGUGGAAGUUUUUCAGUGUUGACGGCUAUUGUUGGUUGGCUAUGGCGACGACGACGACGACCCUACCUCGUGUCACAAGGUUUCGUGCUGUUCCAGAGCAAUGUCCGCGUCUUCCUGUUCUUUCUCUAUAGUGACGUUGCUUUCCAACACAUCCUCAGCCUGAUUUGGACUUUUGCUUCCCUGGAGUAAUUGCUUACGGCUUUACCCAUCAGGACCCAUGAAUACCAAACUAUGAUGCUCUCAUUUGGCUGUAUUCGUACAAGUUUCUUUUAUGGGAUUAGGGGGGGGGGGGGAGGGGGAUGGCCUGAUUGACUGCAGCGGUUCCGGAUUCGGCGCUGGUGGAGUAAAGGAUAUUUGUUUGGUUUCUGUGUUAGUUGGGUUCUUGCCAGCGGUGCGAUUAAAGGUUUGGGCCUGUUGGGGGAUUGCUCUUAAGCUCUCGGAGCUUGGGUUUGGUGUUGGGAUUGUUCCUGAUUUCAUUGCGUUGUUGGCUGGUGCUGUUUCCUCGUUUCUUCUCUUUUUCUCGUUGACUCCCUGCCCAUCUGCGUCUCGCUCCACUCGGUCAAUGUUUUCAUUCAAGCUUUAGUGCGCGAUACUAGCAUUCGUUGCAGGCUAAACUGAAUUAGUAGUUCCUUUCUUGAUAUUUAUGGUUGAGAGUUUCGUCGUUGUAGAUGUGUGUGAGGACGAAAUGUUUUCAUAUAAAAUGUUAUGUUACUAAGCUCUCCUUACUACCUUCGCUGAUUAAAGUGUUGAACGCAGCAGUCCCCUUUAGAGUGCAAUCAUAUUUCCCACUUCACUCCAGUAUUUACAGAAUCGGAAAAGUCUUCCAUACCUGGACAAGCUAUUCCAUGACUACCACACCGAAAUCAAGGUAAAAUUGUACCAGUUCAUGAAUCUGGAUUCAUCAAAGAGACCAAGUCUGAGCUGGAAAAAGGAGAAAAUCAAAUUUAUCCAGUGACGAAGUACUCAAGUGCAUUGACAUUAGUAUUCAAUCGUGCUCAGUCCGCCAUCAGCAACCAAAACAUGACAAUUAUGUAUCACGGAAGUUUCUCCAGUGACGGUGCAACGAGCUUGGCGAACCCUAAACCUCGCUUGCGAUGGACCCUGGAGUUUCAAUGGCGGUUCGUGGAUGCUAUCAUACAGCUCGCCCUGCAUAUGUCCAAUAUUUACUUCCGGGUGUGCAGUUAGAUGAUGUCUCGAUUAUCAGAGUGAUGCCUAUCUUCACUUUAAUCGGUUUCGAUCACGUUACAAGAAUUCGUCAGUUGGGAAAUGGAUGAAUUGAGCAGAAGUUGUUUACAUGACAUCUUAUUCACCGCGUCAAUUGUACCGAAUAUCUUGUGGGCGCACAAUUAUGGAUUGAAUAUUUGUGGCGUGUAUAUCACAAUGCUAGUUGCAUUCAUCGCCUCCCGAAUGCACUGCUACAUGCGGCAUUAGGUUUAGUCACUUCAGACUACUGGGUUGCGUUAUUACAUCCUCUAUUCAUUAGUAGCUUAGAUCAGUGGAUUCUGCUUGCAAUGAAUCCGGACUGUGCUUUUCAAGAACUGAUAGUUGACCCUCUUGAAUUAAAGAAGCUACACUCAUAUCAGUGAUGUGGGUGAUGGGCGUUAAGGGCAUCAUUCUGUAUUAUUUGAAAAGCCAUCUCCAGAAUUUAACAAAGAGAGUAUUUAAAGUUAUUCCCUAUCUGGAUCUGACUGUUCACGGAGAUGCGGCUAUGCCGAGAGCGCACUAUCCCCGUGACCAUCUGAGUGUGCGGGCAUGCACGAGGAUAUCAUAUAGUCAACGACAUACAUGCACCGUUUGGACUUUCAAAUCACUGAAGUCAUCCGGAUACAGAUGGAGGUUCAGCGUCGCUUGCAAGAGCAACUUGAGGUGCAAAAGCAGCUACAAUUGAGGAUUAACGCUCACAGAAAGUACCUACAAACUAUUCUUGAAAAAGCGAAAGAAGCAUUAGCUAGUCAUAUUGAGGCAUCCCCAGGGCUGGCAGCAAGACAUGCAGAUCUUACAGAACUUGCUUCAAAAGUAAAUAGUGAAUCCGUUAAUAUUUCAUUUCCUCCACUGACUCUGCCAAGUCUUCCAACUUACAGUGCAGACGCAGAGCUAUUUGAUCUUCCACGACAACAGUCUCAUGUAUCACAUUGUUCUUUACAGAAGAGCUGUGUUUCCGAAGUCGCAGGCAUUCCUUAGGACAGUGAAGGUGCUUCUGCGACUUGUGAGAACUAAGUAGCAACAGGUACGCUAGCUGAAAUUAGGAAUUAUGUGUCAGCAUAUCAAGAAAACUUCUCGGAAGCCGUUUCAUUUUUGUUAGAGUGCAGUGAAAAUAUUGAUAUUCAAUAAUGGCGACUUAUGAUUGUGAACAUUCUUCUAACUUUUGUAAUUACAAAUGGUCAUUUUUUUGGCUGCUGUGGAGGUUACUGUAACUCACAGCAGAAUAAGUCGGUAUCACAAA